UUUUGAAUUGGAACAUGCAAUAUGUUGUUAACGUUACAGGCUAUAUGGCCAUAGUAUAAACAGGCACUACACAGUCCAGGAACAUGUAGUUUAUAUUGGUUGCAAUAACAGAAAAAAAUAUGCAGUUCAAGCUUACAACAUUGGUGCUAUUCCAGCUGCUUAUAGUUGACAGCACAUAUGCAAGUGAAGAGUAUGGUAUUUGUAAAGUAUAUGGUACUGAUGACAACCUUCCAGAGAUCGUUGAUGGUCACAGAGAAUGUAUAAAAUCUGAGAUGAGCACCUUCUGCAUUGAAUGGACUUGUCCUGACCCAGAAUGUGACAACCCUACAAAACCAGAGACAGGAUGCCCCUUCUGUCAAGGAGACUGCAGUUAUGGCGGUAAAAUAUACAAAGAGAGAGAAUCCUUCCAAUGCGUGGACAAUGUCAAUACCUGUCAUUGUCUGGCAGGGGGUGUUAUUGGAUCGUCGUUAAUUGCAGUAAAUCCAGAAUAUAUGUGUACCGCAAAGUUAGAUAAAUUAUCAUAAGUUUUA